GCUCUUCCCAGCAGAAGAUAGGAGAGGCAAUGUUAAGAUCGAAGGCCCAAAUGCUUUAUCGUACGUGGUGAAGUCAAGACAAGUCGCUGAGUAUAUGAUUGACGAGGGAGGAGUCGACAUUCCGGCGGGAACAAACUCAUACAAGGUGUUGUUCAAGUCAUGGAUGACUAGAGCGGAGCUUAGAGAGUUGAGGAGACAAGAAGACGAAAGAACAUUUUGGGUGGUGGCAGUCCAGAUACCACUGGACGACAUGUCGUUCAUUUAUUCUCAAGUGGAGAGGGCGAUUGGUCGCACCAUUCAGGCACACCCACCGGAUGCGAACGCACUGAGGCCUGCGCUGGUGAACGCAAGGUUCGACAUCGACCCAGACGCGAGAGGGAACAUGAAAGACAAGAUACGAGUUAAGACAUCAACGGAAGACCUCCUGGAAGUGAAACUGGCAUGCUCAACGACGAUGAAGUGUCAGCGAUGCAGGCAAUUCUUCCACAAAGAGGCGGACUGCAGAAGGAACAACAAACAAUCAAACGGGGAAGAGGAAAACGAGCAACAAUCAAACCAGCGAGUUUCAGCGCCUUCAGGGACAAGAGGAGGAAAUUCGAGAUCCGGAAGACCACAGUAUCAAGGCCCGCUAGGCCCACAAUCAUCACUCAGUGAACUGAACGGAGGAGGGGGCACACAGGGAUACCGAAGGGUAACCCUCAACCCGGUGUUCUCACCUAUGGCGAAUCCGCUGCCAGGCGGACCACGAGGUUACAUGGACUCGACAACAUCCAAGCUCGAAAUGCCCUUCAAUCUUGGAGAUGGACCUCAGUAUGGGGGAGGCAACAUCCAGGGUGGAGGAUACGGAUUGAACGGAGGCGGAAAUCUUGGCAGCUACGGAAGUGGCGGAGGCCUUGAGAACUACGGGAACAACGGUGGAACAGGAUUCUACGGGAUUGAUGGAGGAAUUGGAGGAAUUGGAGGAAUUGGAGGAAUUGGAGGAAUUGGCAACUACACAAGUGGAGGAGGAAUAGGGAUCUUCGGAAGCGGACCAUGAUUAUAUGCGCAAGGAGCCUCGGCCUUCCAGCAAUAUCACACACAACAGGCCAUUUCCUAGGUAAGAGGAAUUGGUUGGGGUGGCGGACAGCUUGCAGGAGAAGGACGACAACAGGGAACUGGGUUGGGGUAUAGAUUUCAUACACCCCCAGCGACUCCCUGAUCAGAGAACGGAGUAGCGCGCUUCGGGACAAGGCAAGAAGGAAACACAACAGGAGAUCCAAACUCGCCACCGCAAAGAAGUGGCACUGAAGGACAGUCACGAGGACGUUCGCUGGGGAAGCAGAGAUGUACAAGCAUGAGCUCGGUCAAGGAGCUACGAACCGAAGCAUCCGGAGAAUCAGCAACACACUCCAAGGGAGCAGGCACGCCAUCAGCAACUCCAGGCAUGAAGAGCACGAGGGACAGGAGACUGGCCUCAGUGGCCAGGGGACAUUCAACGGGGAUGAAGCAAAUCGUAAUACCAUUGGCCUGCACGCUAGCCAGGAAUAACCUCUGGGUGAUUGCCUGGCAGACAGGGAGCAAUACACUAACACUACUCUCACAACCGACAACGGAGGUACCAACACCAGAAUCUACACUGCACUGUGUUAGAACAGUUUUCCUAGAUUACUUCCCAUUGAGAGUAGUACCGGAGAGCCCGAUGGCGAGAAUAGUCACAGACGUGUCCGGAGUAAAGGUGAAAUUGUUCG